GACUUGAGACCACGGCGUCGGCGUCGCCGCCCACUACCACUUUGUGGCUGUGCUCCUCCACCACCAAAACCCAAGCUAGGCAUCCAAGGGCCAUCGAUCGAUCAAGCACCAGCCAUGGCGCCCGCCACCAACUCAUGAUCGACCACUGCAUAUGCGCCACCGUACUGGCACUGCAAUCUAGCCGCGCGCCGCCGGCGACCAAGAAAGUUGGGGUACGUUACGGCGGCCGAGAGCGCUCUGUGUGUAUACACGACGAGCUGUGAUCUUGCUGCCGGCCGGUGGCGAUGAUGGUGAUGGGCUACUUGAAGAAAGGCGGGAGGAGGAGGAGGAAGGACUGCAAGGCCGGCGCGGCGGCGUACGAGGAGGAGGAGGAUGGACUCCGGGAGACGCUGCUGGAGCCGCAGCAGCAGCAGCAGCCGGCGUCGUCGCCGCCGACCUCCGGCGGGUGCGGGGGCGGCGGCGUGCCCAAGGGGUACUUCGCGGUGUACGUCGGCGACGAGGCGCGGCGGUUCGUGGUGCCCACGGGGUAUCUCCGCGAGCCGGCGUUCCGGGACCUCAUGGAGCGCGCCGCCGACGAGUUCGGCUUCGCGCAGGCCGGUGGCCUCCGCGUGCCCUGCGACGAGGACGACUUCGAGGACCUCCUCCGCCGCCUCCGCCGCAAGAACGCCGGCGCCGGCGCCAAGGGCAAGAAAGCCAUCAGCUAGCCACCGUACAAACGUACGGCCGCGUACGUAUACACGUAUACCGUACAUAUACGUACGUAUUUACACUAAUUUGGUGGAUUAUUUAUUAACUAGAAUACUAGAUUACUUCAUGUGCAAGUCCAAAAAUAUAAUGUACAGAUGAGUGAAAAUUCAGAAGCCACGAGCACUGUAGCAGCAUACCUGCAUGGCGUGUUCUUGGUCACUGUUGCUUUCACUCCAUGGAUUUCUGGAGAAGCAACAGCUUAGGCAGUAUAGCUUUGAUGUAUAUGCACGUUCAUCUAUGGAGAAGUACAUUGAUACAGUAAUCAGACGAUUAAUUAAUUUUAGUUUCUUUCCUAGAGCCAUAGUUCUUGGACAGAGAGAGAUUGAUGUAGUUGAAACUAAGCUAUGAAGAAUCUGCAUAUUUCUGAACCUUUGGAGGAAUUUUGGUUCAGGUUGCUGUAUGUGCAGAACCCUAGAAUAUAUAAAAAUACAUAUAAAUAUUAUC